GGGGGCGGGAUCCAGGGGGGCAGCGCGGGGAAAGAUGGCGGCCGCCGAGGAGAUCAGUGGCGACGGCGAGCAGUGGCGGCUGUGGCUGCCUCAGCACGUUGUGUUCGCGCGGCUACGCGAGGGUCUGCGGGGCCUGAGCCCUCCCGCUCCGGGUGCCGAGCAGCCAAGCUCGUCCAGCCUCACUCGGAACCUUCUCUUUGGGCUCGGCGCCGAACUCUUCUUGUGGGACAGUGUGGCUGGUGCCUUCUUGGCAGUGCGCCUGCGCGGCCCAGGCCCCGCCCCUAGCGACGGGAGUGGAGCAGGUGUGAGCGGAAGCGGAAGCGGAGGCGAGGGCUCAGCCCUCAGCCGCUACCAGAGAUUGCUUUGUAUAAACCCACCCCUGUUUGAAGUCUACCAAGUCCUGUUAAGCCCGACUCACCACCAUGUGGCACUUAUUGGAACCAAGGGACUCACUGUCUUAGAGCUUCCUAAACGAUGGGGGAAGAAUUCGGAAUUUGAAGGUGGGAAAUCAACAGUGAAUUGUAGCACAACUCCUAUUGCCGAGAGGUUCUUCAGCAGCUCCCCCUCCCUGAGCCUGAAGCACGCCGCCUGGUACCCGAGUGAAGUGCUAGACCCCCAUGUGGUGCUGCUGACAUCAGACAAUGUGAUACGGAUCUAUUGUCUGCGAGAGCCCCAGAUCCCAGUGAAGGUGAUUCCCCUGUCGGAUGCCGAGGAAGAAAGCUUGAUCCUCAAUAAAGGGCGGGCAUACACAGCGUCCCUUGGAGAAACGGCUGUCGCGUUUGACUUUGGGCCUCUGGCAACAGUGCCCAAAAACAUCUUUGGGCAGCGAGGCAAAGAGGAGGUGUUGGCCUACCCACUGUACAUCCUGUACGAGAAUGGGGAGACCUUCCUGACAUAUGUCAGUCUGAUGCAAAGCAUCGGAACUCUAGGAAAGCUCUUGGGGCCCCUGCCCAUGCACCCGGCCGCUGAGGACAACUAUGGCUACGACGCCUGCGCCGUCCUCUGCCUGCCCUGCGUGCCUAACAUCCUAGUCAUUGCCACUGAGUCAGGGAUGCUGUACCACUGUGUGGUGCUGGAAGGGGAAGAGGAAGACGAGCAGCAUUCGGAGAAGUCCUGGGACUCCCGGGCCGACCUCAUCCCUUCUCUCUACGUGUUCGAGUGUGUGGAGUUGGAGCUCGCCCUGAGACUGGCCUCGGGGGAGGAAGAUGACGACCCUCUUGAGUCGGACUUCUCGUGUCCCAUUAAACUGCACAGAGAUCCCAAAUGUCCCUCCCGAUACCACUGCACCCAUGAGGCCGGCGUCCAUAGUGUGGGGCUCACUUGGAUCCACAAACUUCACAAAUUUCUUGGGUCAGAUGAGGAAGAUAAAGACAGUUUACAAGAACUUGCUACUGAACAGAAGUGCUUCGUGGAGCACAUCCUCUGUACAAAGCCCCUGCCCUGCAGGCAGCCAGCUCCCAUUCGAGGGUUCUGGAUCGUGUCCGAUGUUCUGGGGCCCACAAUGGUGUGCAUCACCAACACCUACGAGUGCCUCACCAGGCCUCUGCUAAGCACAGUUCACCCCACGUCCCCUCCUCUGCUGUGUGCUCGAGAGGAUGUCGGUGUGGCACAGUCUCCUCUGCGCAUUCUGGCAGAAACUCAGGACUCCUUUGAAAAACAUAUCCGGAGUACCCUGCAGCGCAGUGCGGCCAAUCCUGUGUUUCUGAAAUCCUCUGACAAGGAGGUGGCCCCCCCUCCCGAAGAAUGCCUCCAGCUCCUCAGCCGGGCCACCCAGGUGUUCCGAGACGAGUACAUCCUGAAGCAAGACCUGGCAAAAGAGGAGAUCCAGCGAAGGGUGAAGUUAUUGUGUGGCCAGAAGAAGAAACAACUUGAAGACCUGAACUACUGCCGAGAGGAGAGGAAGAGUCUCCGGGAGAUGGCUGAGCGCUUGGCAGACAAGUACGAGGAGGCCAAGGAGCGACAAGAAGACAUAAUGAACAGGAUGAAGCAGCUGCUGCGCAGCUUCCACUCCCAGCUCCCGGUCCUUUCUGACAGCGAGAGGGAGAUGAAGAAAGAGCUGCAGCUGAUCCCAGACCAGCUGCGACACCUGGGAAAUGCCAUCAAGCAGGUCACCAUGAAAAAGGAUUACCAGCAGAGGAAGAUGGAAAGGGGGACAAGUCCUCAGAAGGCCACCAUUACACUCAGCGCCUACCAGCGCAAGUGCAUCCGGACUGUUCUGAAGGAAGAGGGCGAGCACAUACGGGAGAUGGUGAAGCAAAUUAACGAUAUCCGGAAUCAUGUGAACUUCUAACCAAGCCCUCCAAGGCCACUGGCGCUACAAGAGGACCCAGUGGGGCAGCAGCCUCAUCAUCCCACUUACCAAAAAGACUUCUGGGAGUGGGCAUUUGUCUACCCAAUGUUUCUACCCAUCCAAUUUUAUAGAGGACGAGCACCAAAUAAAUACUUUUUAUAAGGAA